CAAGCCAGGAUUUCUUCAAGCUCUUCAGGUGGUGCCUUCAAUCAAUUUGACACAUGAGGAGCAUUAUUUUGCUUUUGAUGAGACUCUGAAAACAUUCAGAGUGAAGUUUAUAAAGGAAAAUAUGACCAGACAGAUGACUAAUUCAGAGAAUCUAAAACAGAAUAUCAAAGUGACACAAGCAGAAAGUUCACAGUCUGUUAAGGAUCAUCAAGAAGCUCUUUGGAAAUUAAUUACUGAACUCAAAGUAGAAUUUAGCAGCUCACAGCCAGAAUCACAUCUCUUAUUUGCAGAAGUUACGCAAUUGAUAGAUGUUGGUUUUCAACAAAUGUUUACUUGCUAUGAAUCAGGAAUCAAAAGAAUAAUCACCAUUGUUGAGCAAAAUAUUUAUCAUACUGUUCCCCAAGUGAAAGCAGGAUGA